UGACGCUCUUCUGUGUCCCCACUCUUCCACCGCCUAGUUUAUCGACGAGCAGCGCCUCCGCAACGGCCGGAGCGAGCCGGCGGCAGCAGCGGAGAUGACGGUGGCAGCUGAGGCGGCGGAGUUCGGAUUAGGGGACCUGGAAAGGCGGGUGAUGGCGGCGGUGAAGGCGUCGGAGGAGCGCGGGGACCCACCGCUGGCGCGGGCGGUGGAGGUGGGCCGGUGCGUUCAGGAGAAGGGGCUAGGGUUCCCCAGCCCGGAGCUAGGAGAAGUUCUUGUCUCCAAUCUUUGCUUCUCCCACAACACCCCUUCCCUGUGGAAGCUCCUCGACCAGGCCGUGGCCUCUCGCCUUAUCUACCCCCUCCACACCCUCGCCCUUCUUACCCACAGAGUAAUUCCUCAUCGCCGGGCACAACCGGAGGCCUACAGGCUGUACCUGGAGCUCUUGAGUCGAUACGCGCUGUCGCCUCCUUUGGUGGAGGCUGGCCCUUGCAGAGACAAGAUAGUUAAAUCUGUUGAUGAUUCUCUACAACUUUCACAUACAUAUGGUGUUCACCAAAUGGAUUUUGGACAUGCAGUAGUUUUGUCCUUCUUGAGUUUCAUGACAUGUUUGAUUGACUGCACGCUAGAAGACUGUGGAUUUCAAUUGCCGUUUAGAGAUAAAUAUGGCAACUUUAAUGCUAAGGAAGGACAUCAAGUUAUGGAGAUAGAUGUUAAAGAAAGUUCAGAUGAGAGAUGGAACAGGCAUCGUGAACAGCUACGUGGAACUAAUGCUCUUUUGGCUAUAGAGGUGGUUGGGAAAAUUACUUCAAAUAAAAAGGCCAGAGUUUUUAUCCGUCUCUUCUAUCUCAAUAUGCCUGAAAAGUUCAAUGAUCUACUGGAGAGACUGCAGUUUAUUGAAUCGCAUAAGUCUGCCUCUCAAGCUUUACUAUCUGCAAAUCAUAUAUUAGAUAGCUUGUCUGCGAACAUGCGGAGGGCUGUGGAUUGGGAAUACAAGUUAAAUAAGCAGCAUCAUCUUGGAGUUCUGGUUGAUGAUAGGCCCAGUAGCUUGCUUUCAUGCCACAGUUCUGGAGCUGGUACGGCUGCUUGUUGGAUUACUUUUGAUAUGUUUAUGGAGAAUGCAAUGGAUGGGAAGCAACUCCAUGCUAUAUCUGCCAUUGAAACACUUACAGAGCUGACCAAGUCACUCAAAGUAAUGAAUCAGGCAAGCUGGCAGGAGACAUUUCAAGCUCUCUGGAUUUCAGCUCUUCGACUUAUACAACGAGAUCGUGAGCCUCAGGAAGGACCUUUACCUCAUCUUGAUGCACGACUUUGCAUGCUAUUAUCUAUUGUCCCUUUGGCAAUUGUGUCUCUUGUGAAAGAGGAAUAUGAAAUGCCUUCUCUUAUGAACAAUGGCAUGACCAGAAGCUGCAUGAAGGAAACUGAAGGAAAUAAUUUUGCUUCUAGAAAACAUGGAUUAAUAUCCUCUCUUCAGGUUUUAGGACAGUUUUCUGGGCUGUUAUCACCUCCUCCAUCAGUGGUCAAUGCAGCUAAUAGUGCAGCUUCAAAAGCAGCAACAUUCAUUUCUAAUUUAAAGACCGGAAGUGGUAACCUUGGCGUUCCCAAUCGCAACGAUUCUUCUGUAAAAGCAGUUGGAAACAUGCUGCAUCUUAUAGUUGAAGCCUGCAUUGCAAGAAAUUUGAUUGAUACAUCUGCCUACUUUUGGCCUGGAUAUGUGGUUGCAUCCACGCUAUCAAAGGAUUUACUGUUAGUUCAAGAGUCACCUUGGUCAACCUUUAUGGAUGGAGCUCCACUAAACAAUUUGCUUAAAAAUGCUCUUAUGGCAUCUCCUGCUACAAGUGUAGUGGAACUGGAAAAAUUAUACCAUAUUGCACUAAAUGGAUCAGAAGAAGAAAAAUCAGCUGCCGCAAAGAUUCUAUGCGGUGCAUCCCUCGUUCGUGGCUGGAAUAUUCAGGAGCAUGUGGUGCGCAUUGUGGUCAAGCUACUGUCUCCACCUGUGCCUCCUAAUUCUUCAGUUUCUGGAAGUGGAAAUCAUUUAAUUGGUCACAUGCCUCUUCUCAGUGCUAUUUUAUUUGGUGUUUCUUGUGGCGAUAUUAUUCAUAUCCUCUCUUUAUAUGGUGUGAUUCCAGAAGUUGCAGCCACUUUGAUGCCACUUUGUGAGGCUUUUGGGUCACUGUCACCCCCAUCCAAUCAUAGAUCAAGCAUCUCUGAUGAGACUUCUGUUUACCCGAUCUUCUCAUGUGCAUUUCUCUUUCUUCUUCGCUUAUGGAAAUUUUAUAGACCUCCUCAUGAGCACUGUAUGGCUAGUCGCGGAGGACCUGUCAGGUUGGAAGUGACUCUGGACUCUCUCUUAUUGAUGCACAACAGUCGCAUUGCUUUGCAAAAUUCGAGUGCGAUGGGUAGGAUGGGAAGUAUUUCAGAGCCACUGCAGUCAACACCCAGUCAGCCAGUGUAUAUUGACUCAUUUCCAAAGCUACGUGCUUGGUACUUUCAAAAUCAAGCUUGCAUAGCCUCGACUCUUUCUGGCCUGUGCAAUAAAAAUCCAGUUCAUCAAGUUGCCAAUAAGAUUUUGAAUAUGAUUUAUCGAAAAAUGCCUAAACCCACAAGUGUGUCUGGCAAUCCUUCGUCAACUUCUGGUAGCAGUAUAAGUGGAUCACCCGUAAAUGCAACAGAAGAUGCUCAUCAAAGGCCUGUACUACCUGCAUGGGAGUUCCUAGAAGCUGUUCCCUUUGUUCUUGAAGCUGUAUUGACUGCAUGUGCCCACGGAAGGCUUUCAUCCCGGGACUUGACGACAGAUGGCAGAAUGGCAUUGGAUGAUGUUGAAGGGUCUCUUUACGAAAGUCAUGGGGAUAUCUGGUGUCUGAGGGAUCUUGUGGAUUUUAUGCCAGCUUCUCUUGCCACUAUUGUCAGCUAUUUUUCGGCAGAAAUUACUCGUGGAAUCUGGAAACCGGUUCCAAUGAAUGGGACUGACUGGCCAAGUCCUGGUUCAAAUCUUCUCUCAGUCGAAUCAGAAAUAAAGGAAAUUCUUGCAUCUGCAGGGGUUAAUAUUGCCAGCUGUUAUCCACGUGGGAUGCCACCAAUGCUUCCAUUACCAAUGGCAGCACUUGUGAGCUUGACAAUCACAUUUAAACUCGACAAGAGCCUGGAUUACGUCCAUGGUGUUGUGGCCCAGGCAUUGGAGAAUUGUGCAGCAGGCUGCUCAUGGCCGAGUAUGCCCAUCAUAGGAGCCCUGUGGACCCAGAAGAUUCGGCGGUGGCAUGACUUCAUUGUCCUGUCAAGCUCCUUCUCUCCCUUCACUCGAGACAAAGAAGCUGUUACCCAGCUGAUCAGAAGCUGCUUCUCUUCCUUCCUUGGACCCUCUGUAACUGGAGGAUCCCACCUUUCAGCCAAUCGAGGAGUAAAUGGGCUGUUGGGCCAGGCAAUGGCCGAUCAUGGGGUCCGGCUGCCUAUUGCCCCAGGCUUUGUCUACCUCCGCACAUGUCGGACAUUCCAUGACCCUCAUUUUGUCACUGAUGUGAUCCUCAAGCUGGUCAUUGAGUGGGCCAAUAAACUAGGUAAUGAAUGGGCUUGCAGUGGACCUGCUCGCCUGAGAUCUGGUCGGUUGUCACUUGCUGCUGCUGUUUCAGGAGUUAAAGAGGUGGCAACUUUAGGGGCAAGCCUGCUUUGUGUUGCAGGCGGAGUCCAGUUAGUCCAAGUGCUGUAUGAGGAGUCCUUGCCCACAUUGUUGCUGUCUGCUUGGGAGAAGCUGGGUGGUACUGGGCCAGUGUCCAAUAUCUUGGAGGGCUAUGUGAUGGCAUAUAUGCUGAUCUUGUCAGGGGUCUUUGUAUGGGGAAUUGGAAAUUCUUGUCCUGCCUACUCAUCUUCAUAUUCAUCAAGGCGAGCCCGAGUGAUUGGGAGGCACAUGGAUUUUGUGGCUGGCGUUGUGGAGGGGAACAUUUCACUGGGAUGUGACCCAGCAAUGUGGAAAGCAUAUGUAUCCUGCUUUGUGGGCUUGCUGGUAAGUUUUGUUCCAACGUGGGUGCCAGAGGUGAAGCAGCUAACACUGUGUAAAUUGGCCAGUGGGUUGAGGGGUUGGCAUGAGUGUGAUCUGGCUCUCUCCCUCCUUGAACAUGGGGGACCUGCAGCCAUGGAUGCAGUGGUGGAAUCUGUGUUGUGAUCUAUCUUCUGACGACACUCUAGUGGUUUUGAGUCACGUUUGGUGCAUAUGAUUGUAAAUUUUUUGGAAAACCUUUUGGUCCAUUCCAGGCCUCACUUCAGACCAAACUGCUUUGCACAAGUCUCAGCUGGGUCUGACAACUGCCUGGAUGAAACUCGAAUAGCUUACGACCAUGGAAAAAACAUAUGGAUCCAGUUUAGCCAUACCGGAGGUUCUGUACAGGGGAUUUUACAGAGAAGUCCAGAUUGGAGCUUUAGUCUUGUUGUCAAUGUAGGAACCAGGUUGAUACAAAUCUGUUGUGGUUGUAGCAAGGUGGCUCGCUUCAUUUUAGAUCUGUAACGUAGUAGCAAUGCAAUUUGUAGGACUCUUUUCAUAAAGAAAUCAAAUUUUAUUCUGGAGUCAGAUUUCCUAA